AUGCUCCACGAGAUACUCCUCUCACUCUCAGGGCAUCCGUCUCCGCUCCUCACUGCCGACCAUUCAUCCUCAUCCUCGAUCCUCUCCCCCUCAGAAAAGUCCCUCCUCUCCUCUGUCGCCCAUCUAAGUGACCUUCACUGCAAGCUCCUCGCGCAAACAAAUACUAUAUCUUCAAAGCACUCCUCGAGUAUUUGCCAGGCUGUUGCUACAUCUAUAAGCUCCGUACAUAUUGUAAGCUUUCAACGGAAAGUACUUGAGGUUGAGAAUGGCAUCUUGCGCAAAGAUUCUGGGAGUGUGGGCGCAUAUAAUAUUGUGCCGCUGACAUUUAUCGUGGAGAAAUUUUCUGGCUGGACAAGGCGAAUGGAAUGGUUCUUGGAGAUUGUGGACUUCAUGAUGCAAGAUGUGGGCGGAAAGAAGUGUAGUGGGGCUAUGGUCAUCGACAAGUUGUGCAAUGCUAUACAAACAGGAUAUGCAGAUAUAGAGGAGGCGGCACUAAGUCUAGUGAAGGUCGCGCAGACUGCUUGGCUUAAGCAGGUAUCGGCCUGGAUUCUAUACGGACGGCUACCGAGUUUUGGACGCGGGGAUUUCUUCGUUCAAAAGGAUGAUUCCGAGGAUUACAAGACUAAUAAGGACUUAUUGCCAGCAUUUGUGUCGGAUUCCACUGCCUCAUCGCUUCUCUUCAUCGGACGAUCCUUAAACCACAUUCGAGUCAAGGGCAUCUCUUCUGCAUCAUCUCCAGAACUCGACUUAUUAUCCUCUCAUUUACGACAAUUAUCUACCCUCCAGUUUCCAAUCAAUGGCGCCAAUUUCGCCCGAGUCAUAGCCGCUAUCCGUCUUUCCCUAUCUCAAACUACUUUACAAAAGCUCUUGCCGUUGAGCAAGGUCAUUGAAGUAUUGACAUUACUACGAGAAUUCUUUUUGCUUGGUCGAGGAGAAUUUGCCAUAGCGUUAAUAUCUGAGGCCGAUGAAAAGAUUCGAUCACGAUGGAGAAGAUCCGAAAAUUUGGGAUAUGAGAAGAGGGAAGGCUUGGGAAAUAUUGUUGUGAAGGAAGGGGAAGUCUCUGCUGUCCUUGCUAGGACCUGGGCUGCGAUGGGCGCACAACAAGGCCAGAACGAUGAGGAGGAUGAUGACGAUUUGCUUGAACUUGCAAGAGAUCUUGUUCAGUUGAGUAUUACAAAAGGAAAUCCGAAUACACAAGGAAAGGCCAGCUCAAGUGCUUCACAAUCUUCUGUGAUUGUCUCCACCCCUUUCCGGAAUCUCCUUCUUUCGGUUCCUGUGGCUCUUACAAUGCACAUCCCUUCGCCCUUAGAUCUAUUCCUUACUUCAUCUGACAUCCAGAUGUAUUCAAGCAUCAAUGCUUAUCUUUUAGCAGUUCACAGGGCACACCUGCGACUCACUAAUCUUUGGAAGAUAACUUCUUUACGUCGUGAUCAUCCAGCACCUCCUGGCCCACCUUUUGGAAGUUCUACUUUUGGUCGAAAAAAGGUUCUCACACUUCGAAAUAGAGCUAAAGAACGUUCUCACGCCAUGCGUAGCGUGUGGGCAACCAGCAGAGCUGCAGUCUUCUUUUUAGGUGAGACAGAAGCAUAUCUUCAAGGCGAGGUUGUACAAGGAACAUGGUUAGGCUUUACAGCCUGGCUCACGGGAGAGACUCAGGCAUCAAGGUCCCAAGAUGAAGAUCAAGAUAUCUGGUUGCAAGCUGCCAGACAAUCGACCUCGAAGAACGCUAGCCACAGUCAUGACCCACAAACACUCGCAGAUGCACAUAGGAGAUACCUCGCUGCUUUGGCAUCCAACCUUCUUCUAAAUACAUCAACUUUUACGGACCCGCUAUACUAUCUACUGCAGCAAAUUGAUCACCUCGUCGCUCUUGUCCACCGUAUCCAUUCUAUCUGGCAAUCACUGGAUCUUGAAGCCGACGAGGGAGUAGUAGAUGCAUUCUCUGACUUCCACAAAGAAGAACAGGAUAUCAAAGAACAGCUUGUAACAGUAGCAAAACGGGUAAAAGAUGCAAUUGAAGAAUUGGUUAAGACUCUACGGGACAUAGACCAAGAUAAAAAUGGCUGGGAUAGUGGAUAUGAAGAACUCGUCUUGGGAGAGGAAGGGGCAUAUGUUCCUGCUAAAGUUGGUAGAGUGGACAGGUUACUGAUGAAGCUUGAUUUUGGAGGCUGGUUUGAUAAAAGGGGUAAUGAGGAAACAGGAGAUGUUUUUGAUGAUUUGGGCGAUUAUGGUUAA